AUGUUUUAUACUAGUGACAAAGAUAAAGAAUGGAGCUGUAAGACAAAAGGAAGCUUUGAUACAACAAUACCUGUGUAUAAAGGUGCAGAAGUGAACGACAUAGAAAACUUCCUUUUUGACUACGAAGGCUAUGCGAAGGCGAAUAAAUAUGAUGAAGAAACGACCUAUUUCAGAGUAUACAUGCAUAUGCUAGAAAGUAUGAGAAUGUGGGUAAGAAAAUUGGUACAAACGGAGAAAAUGUGGGCUUCAUUAAAAACAAAAAUCGCUGAAAAGAUCACAGCUGAAAAUGAACUAGAAAUAAUGAUCCUCUGGUUAAAACGGUUGAGAUCUGAUGAAAAACGUAACUGGUAUAUCCAAGGCCUUAGGGAACCUUUUCGUUCUAAGGUAGAAAGUCACUGUCCUAAAAAUUAUAAAAAGGCAAAAAAGAAAGCACUUGGGAUAGACGAGUAUAAAAGAGAAAAGAACCAAACUUAUGAAGGAGACAAGUUCAAAGAACCAGUAACUUGUAGCAAAACAGACGUUGAUAUCGACAGUCUUGUGAAUAAACUUGCGGCGUUGAAGAUCAAUCGCAUUGAGCGAGAAGAUCAAUCAAGCCGAAGCAAUGUAGAAAAUUUUAUACAAAACAUAGUCACUAAAACAAUCAAAGACAUGAAUAGAAGAACGUGA